AUGGGUGUCCUUCUACCCGCCACUGGGCACUCGCGCUUCUUUCGCUUCGACUCCAACCACCACAAGGGGCGUAACAAGAUUGCGCCAAAGGUGUUCAUUAUCGACGCUUUCGAUUCCGAAGGAGAUUCGUGGUACGGCAUCCGGGACUUCAACGUGCUGGCCCGCAAUAUCACCGUUCCAGGCUUCUCCCCGCUGUUUCCCGACGCCCACUGUACACGCGACGGCUCUAUCUGCCAGCUCACCACAGGAGAGGCAGAGAUCAACGCGGCCUCGACGAUCACCGCCCUCGUCCUCUCGCCCUUCUUUGACCUCCGACAAACCUACUUCCUCGUCGCCGGCAUAGCAGGCAUUAGCCCGAAGGUGGGCACCCUCGGGACUGUCACGUUCGCCCGGUUCGCCGUCCAGGUCGCACUGCAGUACGAGUUCGACGCGCGCGAGAUCCCCGCGGACUGGCCCACCGGCUACGUCCCGCAGGGCUCCCUCGCGCCUAACAUCUACCCGCAAACACUCUACGGCACGGAGGUCUUCGAGCUGAACGAGGACCUCCGCCAGGCCGCGAUCAAGCUCGCGAAGACUGGGACGCUCGCGGAUGAUGCGCAGUCGCAGGCGUACCGCGCGCGCUACGCAAAUGGGUCAUCGUUCGCGGCGGGCGCCGCGGCCCCGUCCGUGGUCGCGUGCGACACCGCGACGUCGGACGUAUUCUGGUCAGGCAACCUGCUCGCGGCCGCGUUCGAGAACGCGACGCACAUCUGGACGAACGGGAGCGCGACGUACUGCACGACGCAGCAGGAGGACAAUGGGAUCCUCGAAGCUCUCCUGCGCGGGGCGCGCGCACGACUCGUCGACUUCUCGCGCGUGAUCAUCAUGCGAACCGCGUCCGACUUCGACCGGCCGUAUCCCGAGCAGAGCGCGGAGGCCAACCUGUUCGAGUUCUCGCCCGGGUUCGGCAUCUCGAUCGCGAACCUGCCCGCCGCGGGUGUGCCCGUCGUAAAGGGCAUCGUGGCGCAGUGGCACUCGCGCUUCAAGAAGGGAAUCAAGCCGAGGAACUACGUCGGGGACAUCUGGGGGACCCUGGGUGGUACGCCGGACUACGGGCCUGGCAGCAUCUUUGCGGACAAAGGCAGCGCGGCCAAUGGAGCUGUGGUGGCACGGCGAUCUUUGCGUCGCUCCUACGCAGCUCGCCGCGGCGCUAACUGAAUGCGUACCUUUGGGUCAUGAUUUACGCCUGUAACGAACUGGACUCGCCUCAGAGACGAUUUAUGAUUACGACGAUUACGAACACUGGCAUAUAUACCGUAGCCGCACUAUUCUGCAUCCUAUGUACUACUACUUAGCAGCGCUGUCUUACUACGUAGCCUUUAGACUAUUUCUUGGACUUCAUACCCCUUCAAUAUCAUACUGAAAAAUGCC